AUCAGGCGCAUUGCCGUUCUUCCAGCUCUCUACAUAUAACCUCGCCGGGCCCUGUACAUGUGAAAGUACCUGGUGCUCUCCUGCGUCAGACGUCAUCUGUCACUACCCCACCACUACCACCACGCUCGUGCCUACCUUGGACGGCAGCUUAGCAGCGCCCGGCUCAGAGUGAAGCAGGAUUCGACUACAUCUGAUCUUGCUUGUGGUAGAUACGGAAGCAGCAAGGUAUCGCGUACAAUCUUCGCUCGCGCACCAAUAUGGAGGGUCGUAAGCAAGGCAGGCCGGAGGAGGAGCUCUUCCUACGCUACGAAGCAGACCCAAACACACCUACCGUUGGGCCCCUGAGAAUACAGAAGCACUCGCCAACCUCGAAAAGCCCUCCACCACGAACAGACUCGGCUGGCAACUCGAGUAAGCCACCAGCGUUCUCGCGCCCACCUCCUAUGCCAUCGUUUCCCGCCCCGCCGUCGAGUCUACCCACAGUUCCCCCGCCCACAGCCCCUCUUCCAUAUCCAGUAGACAACGGACCUCCUUCGCUCAACCAGGGCCGAUAUACUCCUCUCAGUGAGCGCGAGCGACCAGCAAGGAACGCGACUCCACCACAGCCAGAAGGCCGCAGACGAAGCUCGAAUGCCACAGGGCCAGUCCCCAUCUCGCCUGAGCAGCGCGCGCGGUUCGAUGCGAACGAUCCCAACAGACCGAGUGUAGGAGGAUACGGCGGGAGAAAUCAGGAUGGGUCGGUACAGCCUUCGAGGCUGGCAGAGCGACGAGGAACAGCGCCCAAGCCGCUCCCAGACUCGCCUGGGCCAGAAACACCGGAUAAAGAGGGUCUGUUUGCGAAAGCGCCGCAAAGGAAGGGCAGCACAGAUCCAAACCCAUUUCCCGACUACCACCAACAGUACUGGCCUCCACCGAACGCAAACACAGAUGCAGGGGCGUCUUCGAGCCAGCCUGCACCACAGGCACUCAACAUUCCGAAUCCAGGGGGCAUCAACCGCCUCAGUUCGACAGCUUCCACGUCCACCGUGAAAGCGCAGCGAGGGUCGCCUCCACCGCCUGAGACUCCAAUCAUCCCACCUCCUGGCGGCGGCAUUGAAGCACGAUUUGCCGCAGCCGGUAUAGCGGGAACAUCCACCUUGACGAACCUACAAGCACAGAGCGCUCAGAAUGCGGCGGCUGCGCAAAGAAACCAGGUCUAUGCAAACCAGCAGCCUCGGCCGGUCAUGGGCUCGCCCGCUCCAAGCCAGCAACAGCAGCAGCAGCAACCCAUACGGAGACCCUGGACGCCAACAGAGCAGCCAGGGCAAACACCCUACGGUCAGCCUCAAGUGUAUCAGGGCAUGGGUGAAGCCCAACCGGGGGCUACCAGCACGCCUCCUCAAGGUCCUCUUCCACAGGCACCGGGCGGUGUUGGCAAUGUGUCAUCGCCACCUCCCAGCAGUAUGAGACCAGAACAUCCUCUGACGCAAGAUAUGGGCCGUUUGAAUAUGAACGACGAGCCACCCCCAUCCUACUCGAGCAUUCAACAGGCAAAUGCUCAGCAGGCAAACGCUCAACAGGCACAGCGAUAUCCGAACGAGAAAGGACAGCAACCACAGCCCGCUCCCCAAGGCGUCUCAUUGAGCGAUCCAAUGCAAGGGCAUCCUGCAUUUGCAAACGAUCCACGGCCUCAGCAAGCGGGGCCAUCGCAGCCAGUCAAUGUUGUCUCGCCAACGCCUACAGCACAGCAGUCCCUGCCCCAGAUACAAACCUCUCAGCCAACUCACACACCAAGCCCUGCCCCAGGAGCAGGUCCAGCGUCUCCCCCGCCUCUACCUGAAGGAUGGAUCGCCCACUUGGAUCCCUCGUCGGGACAGUACUAUUACAUCCAUUUGCCUACACAGUCCACACAGUGGGAAUUCCCCAAGGGUCCUACGCCGCUAAAUCUGAACGAGCCACUAUCUCCAACAGGCACUUUUGUCAACCCUCUUGCGUCCCCGUCUUUCGGCAAGCAGCCUCUGGCAUCACCUGGAUUUCCUACUCAGACAGCUGGCUACUCCAGUGACUUUGGCAUGGCGCCGCUUGCAACACCAACCGCUGCAGGUUUCACAGGACCACCGCCAACUGCAGGCGUGGAUACAUACAAGGUGCAACCUACAAAUGGCGUAUACUUUGGACCUUACCUGAGGUACACAAACAUGGACCUUGAACGAGGGCUAUGGCUCGGGUCUAUUUUGCUUGUUACAAACACCCCUCAUCCCCCAACCAUCCAUAUUCACCAGAGCCAGGAUCUGUCUCCCAACCCUCGACAGUUGAAGGCAAACCCCAUUUAUACUCAUCAGACGUGGAUCUUCUACCGAUACGAUAUUGACUUGAGAAUGGAGGAGGAGCAUGCUGCUAAGUGGACCUACGCUAUCACCUCACAUCUUGGCUGCACUCGCUACGAGUUCCUGGUCGCUGGCCGCCACGAGACCAGCUGGAGAUUCAUCGCUCAUUCUGGCAAUGACUUCGCGCUGAACGUCAGCGCCAAUGACAGAACCAAGCUUGGUGGCGUAGGGCUCAUGUGGAAAGAUAUCCUGCAAAAGAACGCUGAGUGUGGUGGCUUCCACGUGCAACUGGGUCUUGGCGGCCAGAUCUAUGCAGACAGAUUGUGGAAAGAGAUCCCGCUAUUGAAGCAGUGGACAGCAACAAGCGGUAAAGAAGCACGCAAGAACGCUCCAUGGACAGCGAAACAUGAAGAGGAGGUCUGCCACGCCUACUUUCACUACUACACCAGCCACUUCGAUCAGCCGAAUCUGCGAGAAGCAUUCGCUCAGAUUCCCCAUAUUCUUGCUCUGGAUGAUCACGAUAUCUUUGAUGGCUUCGGCUCGUAUCCGGAGUACAUGCAAUUCUCUAACAUGUUCAAGAACAUUGGACGACUUGGUAUCGAGAUGUACCUGCUCUUCCAGCACCACACCACACUAGAAAUUCUGCGCAAUGUCAGCAAUGAUAUGGAUCUCUUCACAAUCACUGGAACUGGCUGGCAUUUCAUCAAGUACCUUGGCCCUUGUGUCACAGUCGUUGGCCCAGAUUGCCGAUCUGAGCGUAACCCUCAUCAGGUCAUGGCCGGCCCGACAUACCAAGGUAUCUUUCCCAAGGUUGCGACGUUGCCGCCGAGCGUACAGCACUGCAUCUGGAUGGUACCGGUACCCAUCGUCUACCCCCGCUUGGAGUCAGUCGAACACCUGGCUCACUCAAUGGCAACUGGCAAGAAAGCAGUUACGGGCACUUUCAACAUGCUUGGAAAGGUCACGGCCGGUGUUGCUGGUGUUGUUGGUGCAAAGAGCGUGGUCGGUGAUGGUUUCAACUCGAUCAAGAAGGCCGUUGGGAAGUCUGGUCUGAUGAGCGGUGUUUUGAGUCCGUUUGGAGAGAUUGACUUGCUUGAUGAGUUGAGAGAUAUGUGGACCCACGAGUCAAAGGAUCUUGAGCGCACAUACUUGAUCCGAACUCUGCAAGGUAUUGCUCAUAAUAAGUCAUUGCGAAUGACUUUCUUCUCCGGAGCUGUCGACUGUUGCGGUGCCGGUCUUGUGCAUGACCCAGCAAGACCACAGGACCACAAGACCAUGUACCAGAUUAUCUCGUCUUCAGUGGUCAACGGCCCUCCUGGUAACUAUGUCCUCAGACUAUUGCACAACAACCGGGCGCUCUACAUACCGCAGAACGGCCAUCGCAGUAGCCAGCAGCCUUCUGAUACUAAGGAGGACAUGAUGGAGAUCUUCACUCAGGACGUGAACGGUCAGCCUCGCGAGUACAGACGCCUUAUGGGUCGCAGGAACUACGUCGCUUGCGUCAUUUAUGAUCCUGAGAUUGUCAACGGCACAUUUGGUCAAGCAGUACCCGGACAUGGAAGUGGGAAAUUGAGUCUGGCUGUCGACUUCAUGGUGCAGAACGAUGGUGGCUACAGCGCGCCAAUGAAGUAUGGACCUGUCAUUGUGCCGAGCUUAGAGUACGGCAGGUAAGCAGUGCCGUAGUCUGAGACAUCUGCUAGAGUUUCAUCCUUGCGUUUGAGCGGUUGCAUAGCAAGGGAUGUUUGUGGUUUGUGAGUGCUUUUCGGAGGGUACUUAACUUUUGACGCGACACCAACAGCGACUAUUUUUCCGUACUCAAAUCUGAAUAUGAUGAGAACAACGUUA